AUGAGUCCAGCAAAUAUUACACUAUGGGCUCGAGGCACCGCGAGUGAUCUCGAGUCGGUUCCAGACACUUUCUCAAGCUGGGACAAAUGUAUGGCCAAAUCGUACUGCAAGUGGCCCGUCAUCGUUGGUAUCAUCGUUGGUUCGGUAGUUCUACUUGCCGUAUUGGGUUGCAUCAUCAAUUGCCUCUGUUGCGGCUAUCAAUGUUGCAAGUGCUGCUGUAGCUGUUGUUGUCCGUCAGGCAGGCGCAGGAACAAAACGCCUAAACACUUUGAUGACUUCCACCAACCUCCACCACCUGCUCUCAAUCCGGUCUAUCAAGCGCCACCAGCCCCACCCUCGUAUCGGGGCGCGCAACAGAGCGCGCCCUCCUUCCGCGGCGCGCAGCAGACUGCACAUUUCGAUGCGCCUAAGCCUCCGGCCGCUCAUGUCAAUGAGGACGCCCUGCCUGAGAUGCCUACUUGGGCCGGUGCCGUUGACAAGCAUGUUGAAGACCCAAAUCAUCGGGACGACGUCGAAAUGGAGCCAUUGAAUCCCCCGGACCGAAAACAGGCCGGUACACCUGGUGUCGCUUACUCUGACUAUUCACCCAACCCAACCAUGGGUGCGGCCGCGGCGGGAUACAGAGGAUUUGGUCCUACAGAUCCGCGUGCACGUCGGUCUCCCGGCCCGGGAGCAGCAUUGAAUCCCGUCCAAGAUCCCUAUGGCCGACGUUCGCCGGGCAUGCCUUCCCCUGGAGGAGCCAUUGAUCCUUAUGGGAGAAGAUCCCCGGGCCCGCCGGCGCUCGGUGCUGCCCAGGAUCCAUACGGAAGACGUUCCCCCGGCCCAGCAGCAGCAUUGGCUGCCACUCAAGAUCCAUACGGGCGGCGCUCGCCUGGCAUGUCACCAGCCCCAGCAGCUAGCUAUGGCGUCGCAGCCCACGACCCCUACGGCCCGCGCUCUCCGGGCCUGACAUCGCCUGUCGGCGAACGAGUCCACAACCCUUACGACCAGCAACAAUACCAAGACUCCUAUGACGACCGCUCCUACGGCGCAGGCAAUGGCUACCACGCCGUGACCGCACCCUCGCCGGUGGCUGCAUACAAGCCGCACACCAACUACAGCCCGGUGCCAAUGGCCUUCUCCCCAUCCUCGGACAUAGACCAUUCUGCGGCCGCCCCAACACCAGGCUUCCAGCGCCAGCCAUCUUUCGGCUCUAGCCAGUAUCCCCCAACCUACACUUCCCAGCCUCCAUAUCACGGCUUCUCCCCCGCUCCUUCUUCGCCCCCUCCUGCUUUCUCUGCUCCUUCGCCUUCAGAGUACGCUACCUAUAACCCCCAUGCCAACACCAUCCCCAUUUCCGAGCCCGACAACACUAGACCUCCGAGUCUAUUGCAGAGCGGUAAAAAGCCUACCGUCAAUGCUUCUAGCAACUUUUGA